AUGUCGGACUCGGAGGAUCCUCUUGAUCUCGAAGCUGGAGGUGAUGAUCUCUUUGGCGAUGGCGAUGAUGACAACGAGCUUCAGUCGGACCAUGGUCGCGUGCUGAGCGACGGAGAUCUGGCUUCUGAUGCAGAAGAUGGCGGGCAUAAUAGAGAUGAUAACACAGCCAUGGAAGGAGCGGAGAUUAAGGACAAGCUCGUGCUGGAAACCCAGCUCUACAGACACCGAAUGCCGAAAUCUCGUGAUGGAACACUGAGGUCGAUUAAAGACCCCAACUUUCUCAAGAUCGCCGCCGAAGAGUAUAAGCCAGCUACAUUCCAGGCCACCGAAUGGGACAGGGAGAACGUGAAGAGCGAGAACCCCAAGGGCGUAAUUCGGCAUCAGAGAGAUACACAAACUGGCAAAUUCAAGAGCAACGCGCUUGUGCACAGAUGGAGCGAUGGGUCGAUCACAAUCUCGGUCGGAGGCGAGCACUACGAAGUACAGAAGAAGCUGAUGGCACCUGCAAGCGACAAGCCAUACGUGGAGAAGCAGGAUGCGCACUACUAUGCGGCGGCGGCCCAUCUCUCCAGCAAUCUCCUCUUGACUGUUGGUCACAUCUCAGAACAGUACACCGUGCUGCCCAACAGGAAUAUGCAGGACGACGCUUUAGCUUUAUUCGCGAGCAGAAUGCAGGCAGCAGCGCGUGGCAAGGCGAAAGAUGGCGACAACAUAUUCAUUGCAACACGGGAUCCUGAACUACAGAGAAAAGAGGCCGAGUUGGCCGAGAAAGAGCGGAUGAAGGCCCAGCGCAGACGAGAAACUGCAGCAGCGAGAGUGAGCUCAGGCGCUGGUGGGUACCGCAGUGGAGGGCUGUCGAUUGGCGACCUCGAGGGUGGACGAAGAGGACCGGGUGGGGCUCGCAAAAGAGGGCAACCGGGCGGAUCUCGACCCAAGAAGCGCAGGCCGGAGUAUGACUCCGACGAUGACCUCCCUGCGGGUCGUGGCCGUAACGACGAGUAUGACCGCGAAGACGACUUCAUCGCACCCAGUGACGACGACAACAUCAGCGAGGUCGAAGAUGACGAUGAAGAAGAUCUUCUUGACGAUGACGAGGAGGAAGAGGAACCACCUCGCAAGAAGCGGCAAAAGACUAUCGAAGCCGAAGAGGAUGCCGAUGCAGAUGCCGAUUUGGACGACGUUGAUGCGCCUGCUCCGGCUACAGAGUCCUCUAGGCACCGCAGGCGUCACAUUGUUGAUGAUGACGAGGACGAUGAGUAA